UGCCGCCGGUGAUUUGGGGAGAGAAAAAUAACGUAAAUUCAACAAAAUUAUGCCACAUCUUUUAACUCUUUUACGGGUUCGUCCGAUUCCGGUGGCACCGCGUCUGUCUGAAACGGUCCGCAGUCCGGAGCCCGAGCGGACGGUUGGGGAAGGCGCCCGGCCGGGGGUCACGUGAUGGAUGAUGGCGGCGGCGCCUGACAUGGCGGCGAGUGGUUAGCGGGCGGACCGUGCGCGCAGUCUCUCCUCACCUCCGCGCAGCUGUGAGUAACUGAAGCCGCUUUCCCUCUCCCCCCCCUCCCCCUCCUUCCGCCACCGAAUUGUACCUAAAUCCACCGGCAAACCGACCGACGGGGGAACUAGCGUGAGUCUGAGAUGACAGACCCAGGUCAAGAUCUUCUGCUUGCUGCUUUGAGCGAAAGUGGAAUUAGUCCUAAUGACCUCUUUGAUGCAGAUCCACUUGACACUGGCUUGAUGUCACCUCUGCCAUCCAGUGGCAUACAGCAGCCACCAACAGCUACCACUUUUGUGCUAAAUCAGCUGAAUCAGCUGCCAAACCUGGGAACAACGUUAAUUGUGACAAAGGCACCUGCUAAUGCAGUGUCUCGUCCCACGGUUAGUGUAGCAAAGGUUGUUCAGACCAGCUCACUUGCACUAUCAUCUACAGCUGCUCCAACUGUAGCCACAGCAUCAACCAAGGAUCAGAUACAACUUAAAGACUUACUUAAAAGCAACAGCUUGUCUGAACUGAUGAAAAUGAAGCCACCGUCUAAUAUUGUUCAGCCAAUUACAACAGCAGCCAAAAUUGUACUGCUCACUUCUAAGAUGAUGAAUAAACCAGCUGACUUGAACAAUGGUGUUGUAAGGAAGGAAUCAUUGAGCAAAGAAGUGACUCGGAUAUGGGUCAAUGAGGAUAUUAAAAUGCGAAGCUUUUCUCCAACUCCGAAAUUGCCUCUGAAAGAUGAAGAGGAGCCUGAGGAGGAAGAUGAUGAGGAAUUGGGCCAUGCAGACACAUAUGCUGAAUAUAUGCCAAUGAAAUUGAAGGUUGGCUUACGCCAUCCUGAUCCAGUUGUGGAAACCAGUUCUUUGUCCAGUGUAACACCACCUGAUGUUUGGUAUCGGUUGACUGUACAAGAGGAGACGAUUGACAGUGGUUGGCUUUCUGCUUUGCAGCUGGAAGCAAUCACCUAUGCUGCUCAGCAACAUGAAACAUUCCUCCCUAAUGGGGAUCGUGCAGCCUUCCUGAUAGGGGAUGGUGCCGGUGUGGGUAAAGGAAGAACCAUUGCUGGCAUUAUUUUUGAGAAUUACCUUCUUGGUAGAAAAAGAUCAUUAUGGUUUAGUGUAUCCAAUGACUUGAAGUAUGAUGCUGAACGGGACCUGAGGGACAUUGGAGCAAAAAAUAUCCAGGUUCAUGCGCUGAAUAAGUUCAAAUAUGGAAAAAUCUCUUCGAAACAAAAUGGAAGUGUGAAGAAAGGUGUAAUUUUUGCAACAUACUCUUCACUAAUUGGUGAAAGUCAAUCAGGCGGAAAAUAUAAAACCAGGUUAAAGCAACUUCUGCACUGGUGUGGUGAAGAUUUUGAUGGAGUGAUAGUGUUUGAUGAAUGCCACAAAGCUAAAAACUUGUCUCCAGUUGGCUCCUCAAAACCCACAAAAACAGGUCUGGCUGUAUUGGAAUUGCAGAACAAGUUGCCGAAGGCAAGGGUGGUAUAUGCUAGUGCUACAGGUGCAUCAGAACCCCGAAACAUGGCUUAUAUGAAUCGACUUGGAAUAUGGGGUGAGGGCACACCCUUCAAGGAAUUCAAUGAUUUUAUUCAGGCUGUGGAAAGGAGAGGUGUUGGGGCAAUGGAAAUUGUUGCCAUGGAUAUGAAGCUAAGGGGAAUGUAUAUAGCAAGACAACUGAGCUUUUCUGGAGUAACCUUCAAAAUUGAAGAAGUUCCUUUGAGUCAAGAUUACAUCAAGAUGUAUAAUAAAGCAGUUAAACUGUGGGUGGAGGCCAGGGAGAAAUUUCAGAUGUCAGCAGAACUGAUUGAUGCAGAGCAACGGAUGAAGAAGUCCAUGUGGGGGCAGUUCUGGUCAGCACAUCAGAGGUUUUUCAAAUAUCUCUGCAUCGCAUCCAAAGUUAGAAGAAUAGUACAACUUGCUCGAGAAGAGAUCAAAAAUGGAAAGUGCGUGGUUAUUGGUCUACAAUCCACUGGAGAAGCAAGAACCCUUGAAGCCCUGGAGGAGGGUGGUGGUGAACUGAAUGAUUUUGUUUCAACUGCUAAAGGAGUCCUUCAGUCUUUGGUUGAGAAACACUUCCCAGCACCUGACAGAAAGAAACUGUACAGUUUGUUGGGGAUAGAUAUGAGUGUGCCCAGCAAUCAUGACUCUCCCAUUGAUAGUCCAUCAAGACAGAGCAAAGGAAAGAAAAGAAAAGUUAAUGAGGACAAAAGGGAAGCAAAAAAGCCCCGCAAGAGCAAAGGUCUUGCUGGGAGCAGCUCUUCAGAGAGUGAAUCUGAAGUAUCUGAAAGCGAAGGCAGUGAUGAAGGAAGCUUUCUCUCCGUUAGUUCUGGUGACGAUGACUUCAACCCUUUCAGAGAUGAAUCUUCCAAUGAAGAAGAUGAUCCUUGGUUAGUGAGGAAGGAUCGCAAGAAGGACAAAGACAAGAAGAAGAAAAAGAAAAGUAUUGAUCCUGAUUCUAUCCAAAGUGCCUUACUAGCGUCUGGCCUUGGAUCAAAAAAACCUAGUUUCUCCACUACCACAAUCAGCAGCACAACAAAUAAUGCACUUCCUUCAGGUAACAGCAGCCAUAGUAUUGUAGCGAGCCAGGAUGCAGUAGAAAGAGCCCAGCAAAUGAAACGAGAGUUGCUUGAGAAGCUGGAGAGGCUUGCUGAGGACCUGCCUCCCAACACACUGGAUGAAUUAAUAGAUGAGCUUGGUGGUCCAGAUAAUGUAGCAGAGAUGACAGGCCGGAAAGGUAGGGUUGUGAGCAACGAUGACGGCAGCAUAUCUUAUGAAUCUAGAUCAGAACUUGAUGUUCCUGUAGAAAUCCUCAAUAUCACAGAGAAGCAGCGAUUUAUGGAUGGAGAGAAGAAUAUUGCAAUCAUUUCGGAAGCAGCCAGUUCUGGUAUUUCAUUGCAAGCAGAUCGAAGAGUUAAGAACCAAAGGCGGCGAGUGCACAUGACCUUGGAAUUGCCUUGGAGUGCAGACCGUGCCAUUCAGCAGUUUGGUAGAACACAUCGGUCAAACCAAGUGACUUCUCCUGAGUAUGUUUUUCUCAUCUCGGAAUUGGCAGGAGAACAGAGAUUUGCAUCUAUUGUUGCGAAAAGACUUGAAAGUUUGGGUGCUCUCACACAUGGUGACAGACGAGCCACUGAAACCAGAGAUUUGAGCAGGUUCAAUUUUGAUAACAAGUAUGGAAGAAAUGCCCUGGAAAUAGUAAUGAAGUCCAUUGUAAAUCUGGACAGUCCACUGGUUUCAUCGCCCAAAGACUAUCUUGGGGAUUUUUUCAAAGAUGUUCGACAGGGAUUAAUUGGUGUGGGUUUGAUAAAUGUUGAAGACCGUUCAGGACUGCUCACACUGGAUAAAGAUUAUAAUAAUAUUGGCAAAUUUCUGAAUCGAAUCCUUGGUAUGGAGGUACACCAGCAGAACGCUCUAUUCCAGUAUUUUUCGGACACUUUAAGUGCCGUAAUUCAGAAUGCUAAGAAGAAUGGAAGAUACGAUAUGGGAAUUUUAGAUCUGGGUUCUGGGGACGAGAAGGUGAAGAAACUAGAAGCCAAGAAAUUCUUAACUCCAGGGUAUUCUGUAUCAGGACAUGUUGAAAUUUAUACUAUAAGUGUUGAACGAGGGAUGUCCUGGGAAGAAGCUACAAAGAUUUGGGCAGAACAAAUGGGAACAGAUGAUGGCUUCUAUUUGUCAAUGCAGAUAAGGAAUAAUAAAAAGACGGCAAUUCUGGUCAAGGAAGUUAACAGCAAGAAGAGACUGUUCAUGAUGUACAGACCAAACACUGGCAAGCAGCUCAAACUAGAAAAUUAUAUUGACCUAAAGAAGAAAUACAAAAAGGUAACCUCUGGGGAAGCAGAGUCACAUUGGUUGGAACAGUACAAGUCAUCUGCAGACACUUGUACUCAUGCAUAUUGGCGUGGAAACUGCAAAAAAGUAAGCCUUGGAAUGGUUUGCGAAGUUGGGCUGCGGUGCCGCACUUAUCACGUCCUCUGUGGUUCAGUUCUUAGUGUCUGGACAAAAGUAGAAGGAGUCUUGGCCUCUGUGAGUGGGACAAAUGUAAAAAUGCAGAUUGUGCGAUUAAAAACAGAAGAUGGGCAAAGGAUUGUAGGUUUGAUCAUUCCUCAGAACUGUGUCUCGCCAUUGAUGAACAUUCUGUCAACGUCGGACCAGUCACAACAGCUGGCACUGCAGCAGCAACAGAUGUGGCAGCAGCUCCACCCUCAAAGCAUGAGUCACAUGAGCAACACAUAGUGACCAGCUGCAUAUACUGGGGCUAACCUUACUUGAAAACUGUAACUUACAGGAGUGCAACGCCAUGUGAUCGUCACUAUUUUCAGAAAUUCAGGGUCAUAUUCCAAAGAGAUUCCGUGAUUAGUGAAGUAUUGGUGAAAAUAGUGAAUCUGGGAUUACCUGUAAUUAAAUCAGAGACAAGUUCUGAUUAACAAACAGGCGAAAGUUUGAAGGCCAAGAUGUUUGGACGCUUUACUUUUUUCUCCUUCCCCUCCUACAACUCUUCAUGUUAGCACUUUGUUCUUUACUGACAGCUGCUAUAAUUCUCCACUUUGAUUUCUACUGUUCAAGUAAUGGAAAGCAUUGUGUGCACUCUUUGCACAAGUCAAAUGCUUCCCCUUCAAAUUAAUUUCACUUCAUUUACUAUGUCUUGUUUUGUAGCAUUUUGUAGCUUGUUACAAAUGAGAGUGCACUGGUUCUGGAGACAUGCUGAGGGCUACGUUACUUGCUGUACGUACCUAGAAUGUUUCAUGUUAAAUACAUGCUUAUUGGAAUUACAACCCUGUAAAAUUCUUCCCAACUCUGGGCUGGGUUUGUAAACCCUGCAGUCUUAAGUGAACAAGCAUUCAUUCAGGGUUUAAUUAUCAUGUAUGUCCUAUAAGCAGGAUGUAAAUAUGAUGCAAAAAAUUGCAAAAAUCCUGGCCUAUUUAAAAAAAAAAGCAGUAUAAUUGAAAAUUUAUUGGGGGAAUUAAUUACUUUAUACAGAAGCUGUUUUGAAUUUGUUGAUAUGCUUUCUUCACAAUGUGUAAUUUCUGGGUAACUGCAAAAUGUAUGUUCUGUAUUUGUUUCAUGGCACAAUCUUAAAUUAUCUGGUGAUUUUAUAUUAAAAUUCUGAGAACCACUUUAACAGCUUCAUCAUAUUUAAUCACUAAUCUAGUAUUGGUUACUUAUUUUCUACCAGGCAAUUUUAUGCAGCACUUAGUGUAGUUUAGACAACAUCUUUCAACAUAGUGGGUAGCAGCUUUUCAAUAAAAACUGUAAUUUGGGAAGCCUAGUGGAAUAUUCUGGGUAACGGUAAUUGAGUGCAUGCAAGUUGAGGCUGGUGUGAAGCUUGAAUACUGCCACCCCUCGGACAUAACAUUCAAAGCUAACAAUUCAAGAAAUGUACAUCUUGUACACUUUUCUCCUGAUUCACAAAUAGGCUAGUUGCAUGUUUUACUCAUGCUGAUAAAGCUGGUUGCUUAGAAGAGUUGUAAAACAUAAGGGAGCCUCUAAGACAACUGCACUAUGUGCAGUUUCCUCAAGUACUGUUCACAGUUCAGAGCUGUUAAGUAUUUAACAGAGCAUAGAUUACUUCAGUUAGUAAGACUUGUACUGUACAAAUGUGUAUAGCCUUAGCUAUGCUAUCUAUACUUUGUUUUGACUAUAAAUAGUUUUGUCAACUUUAUCAGAAUAGUGAAGGAAAUUUGCCAUUUCAUGCUGGCACAAGUUGCACUACUGAAGAUACUGAAUUGUUUAACUGUAUAUUUAAGUUAGAAUUAUCAACAAAUCUGCUGCAAGACACAGGACCCUUGCAGCUGACUGUUAAUAAAUCAUAUUGUACUAAUGGAAACUAGUGGUGUAGAGUUUUUUAAAGAUGAGAAAAGUGAUGAUGUGCAUUCUGCAGGAUACAAAAGUAUAUCCUGACUGAACUGAUUUUAAAUAGUGGGGUAUUUGUUACGGAAUACUCAAUGUGAAAUGGUCACACUUCUCAGUUCUGCUAAUACUUUGGUAAGUAAUGAGAUAGUAUGGAAAUUUUCCUUGUUCAUCCAGUAUUGCAAUUGGGAUGAGAGAGAGGAAAUGUUGAGGUGUUCUCUCUCUGACUUUAACACCGUUGCUUUUGGAGACAAUCUUUUCUGUCUGCCCUGUAACUGGAGAAUGUUUGCCUCUGGAAUUAGCAUCUUGUGCACCAGUUGGUGUUUGAGCCAUUGAAUCCAUGGACCUGUCAAUUUUUUUUAAGGCUUUAUUAUGUUGUCUCAUAUUUUACCUUGAGAUUCAGGAGUUUUAUUCUCCACUCGUGGGCCUGUCUAUAUUUGGCAUUUAAAUAGGACAUCAGAAAGUUACACCCACAAUUCCACAGAUUCAUGUUGAAAAGAAAAUAUUUUGUUUACGGAUCCUUGCUGUUAUCUUUGAUUGAAUGAAGGACCAUUCAGUCUUGGUAUAUUUGGAAAUAUGCCCACAUUCAGAGCUACCUUUUCUAGCUUCAGUUCAUGUUGGUCCCAACUACUAUCUUUCAAAAUAAUUAGUGUGCUGUGUUUUUAAAAUAAAACCUUAAAUACAUUCAACAGGAUUGAAGGUAGCAUGGUUUGUGUUAUCAAAUUCUUGAGAGCAAUGUCCUCUCUAUUUUUACCUCCCCCAGCUGUUUGUUGACUAGGAUGUAGAGGUUGAUCUAGAUUCAGAGGAGGAACACCUUACAUACGGUGGCUAAAGUAGUGUUAACUGAGAGUUCAGCUAAACAUUGUGGAUCUUGUUUGAUUAAAUAUUUAGCAAUUGAUCCGCCAAAGUUAUGUCUGGGAGGGGAAUUCUGUACUUGUUUUGCAACAUAUACUGUAGCAAUUGACUGUGGAACCUGUGAUGGAAAUGUUGGGAUCACUGGCUACAAAGAUUGAGGUAAAAACAGAAAAUGCUGGCAACGUUUGGGUAAGGCAGCAUCUGUGGAAGAGAAAACAAUGUUUCAGGUCAAUGAUAUUUCAUUGGAAGGUCGAGGUGCAAAUGGGACAAACGGGCUUUACAAUCAAAGACGUUCAAUGUGACAUGUAUUUUUACAUUCCAAUUUGUGCUGGGUCACUAUUGAAAUUUGUGUACAUGUUUGAAAUCUCUGGAAUCUAAGUAUGUUCAGUGAGGGGAGCUCUUAGCUGGAAUGUAAAAGCACCUUAACCAUUGCCAUCUACUAAAUUGUAAAUGUGAAAAUAAAUUGAUUGACAUUUA